GUAAAGCGGUUUUGGGACAGACGAGUCGUUUCAGCAUUUCCAGUGCGGAGCCCGCGGGGCGGCCACGGAGGGCAGCGAGGAAGAGGAGCCGGAGCGAUCCCCUGGCCCGGGUGAGAGGAAGAUGAAGGUUCUGCUGACGCUGGCGGUGCUGUUCGCCUGCAGUGUGUUCACAGCUCAUGGGAAGCUCCCGCGCGCGUUCACACCGGGACUCGAGGGCAGCACCGUAGGAAAUCUGACCGCCCACGGGUGCCACUCGGGAUGGGGCAGCAGCGGCACCUCGAAGGGUUCAAUGGACCGGUGCUGCCUGCUCCGUGCCUGCUGCUACGCCAAGCUGGCGGCACGGCGCUGCCGCGUGGGACCCAUCCAGCCCCUCUCAGCACCCCGGGCAGGAAUCCCCACCUGCAGCUCGGGGACCUGGUGCCAGAGAGGUGCCUGCAGAUGCGAGCGGGCAGCCCAGCUCUGCCGGUUGCGGGGCCGGAGGCUGCUCCGGCUGCGGGGGCUGCUCCGGCGUCGUGGCAAAUGCCGGGGACGAGCCGGGCGAUGUUGAAGCCAAAGGGCUCCUUGCAAAACCACCUCCGGGCUGAUAAGCAAAGGGAUGGCGCGGCCCGGGGAGGGGUUCCCAACCCGGGUGGGUCUCCCCCCCUUGGGGCUUUUUGGCUUCGCUGCGAGGACAACCACCCUCUCCGUGAAGCUGCGUCAUUAUACACUGGAUCCGAGGAGGGGAAGCGGCGCAGAUGCAAUUUUUCAGCGCAGAAAAACAAGGGAGGGGUGGACACCUGCACCUCAUCGCUGCAAAGGGAGAGAUGGAAACGAGCGCGAGCCUCUCCGCUGACACUCAUUUCCCCUUGGCUCGAGCUCCCCGUGCAGGCUGUCAGCUCCCUCUGCUUUUUGCUUCACUGCAAAUUCUCUCCUGUUGCUCCAAAAUAAAACCAGAGAGCGCAAAA